AUGGGACCUCACAGUUGGGUUGCAACCUCAUCGUCCUCUUCAUACUCACUCGACGAAAACACCAUCAGAGAUGGUGAGUACGGUAUGCCGAGCUACUGUUACUGCGGUGGAAGGGUCAUUAGGGAAACGUCUCGCACCGAACAAGACCCUGGGAAAAUAUACUUCUCCUGCGAAUUCCGAGCGAAACCCGGUUAUCAUAUUCGGAAGUGGUGGGAUCGUGUGAUUGAAGAGGAGUUAGAAAUACUUCACUCUGAAUCAAGCGGGUUUCUGGGGAAGUUGAGAGUCUUCAAACUCACCACCGUGCCGGAAUGGAGGAGUUAA